AUCGAGCUUAAGUUUUCAAUAAUCUCAACUUGUUGCCCAAACCUUAGCCGCCUCAAGCUUCGCGGAUGCCGCGAAAUCAUCGAUUACAGGAUGGCUCGAUUCGCUAAAAACCGCAAAAAUCUGAGGAAGCUGUCUUGUGGUUCAUGUAUGUUUGGCGCCAAGGCAUUGAACGCCGUUCUCAACUAUUGUACCAAUUUGGAAAACAAGCAGUCAGACUCCUCUUCCUCCAUUCCCUCUGUUUUCACUCCAUCUUCCCUUCUGGCAACAGCCAUGAAAUUCUCUUGAAAUCAAAGCGAAGAAAGAAAUAUUUUUCCCUAAAUCUGUUUGUUUUGAGGGAAAAUCAAAGGAGUCAGAUUGUUUGUUUUCAUUCAUCUGACUUUUCUUCUUCUUUUUUUUUUUUUUUUUUUUUUUUUUUUUUUUUUUUUCUUUCAACUCAUAAGUCAAAGGGUGGACUACUAGCGUGUAAAAAAAAUAAAAUUGGUGUGGAAGA